AAGAAGAUCUUCCAGAACUGAUAAACUUCUUCAGUCUCCUUCGUUUUCAAGUCAAUAUUUGCAUCCAGAAAGAGACACUUGAGGUCAGAUUAUAAAUUAGGGUUCUCCAUGUGUGAUACAGAAGCCUAGUCUAUGAAUCUCCAAUAAACCGGCGUUCAAAUGGAGAAUCCAGUAUUUGCAAGACGCGAUUCCUUAAAGCACAGUUCAUCUUUCAAUUACUAUAAAACAUCUGAAGAAGACAAAAAUAAAUCACAACAACAAUCUUGGAAUAAUGAAGAAUUUGGAAUCAGUGGAAGUGAUAGAAGAUUUGCAUACACUCGUCUACCUUCGUUUCGUCAAUCAGUUGAAACACCACAUACACCAAUCUCCAUCAAUGAUUCGAGUCAUCCAUUACUCUCUCGAAGUGUUUCAGAGAUUGAUAAAACUCCAUUUACUGGAUUUCCCAAAUUCGAAACUAGGGAUAAAGAUGGAGGAAAUCGAUUCUCAAUUUUGAUGCUUUUGUUAUCAGUUUUUCGAAUAAUUAGGUCUGGGAAUAGACCUAUGAAAAGAUUGUUUAUUAUGAUCUCUCUUAAUGUUGCUUACUCUUCUGCGGAAUUAUUUGUUGGGGUUUUCACUGGACGUGUAGGAUUGGUGUCCGAUGCAUUUCAUUUGACAUUCGGUUGUGGACUCUUAACGUUUUCCCUCUUUGCAAUGGCAUCUUCUCGACAGAAGCCUGACGGAGUCUACACUUAUGGGUAUAAGAGGCUAGAAGUGCUAGCUGCCUUUACUAAUGCUCUCUUUCUUUUGUUUCUGUCAUUUUCUUUGGCUGUAGAAGCUCUGCAUGCCUUCAUACAAGAUGAAUCUGAGCACAAGCAUUACUUAAUUAUUUCGGCGGUGACAAAUUUAUUGGUUAACCUACUUGGUGUUUGGUUCUUUCGGAGCUAUGCACGUAUAAAUCUUGUAUACAGGAAACCAGAAGAUAUGAAUUACCAUUCAAUAUGCUUGCAUGUUCUUGCAGAUUCUAUUCGUAGUGCAGGUUUGAUAUUGGCAUCUUGGUUACUGACCCUCGGGGUUAAGAAUGCUGAAGUCCUGUGCUUAGGUCUGGUUUCAGUUACUGUAUUUAUGCUUGUCCAGCCACUCUUUAGAACCACUGGUGGCAUUUUACUUCAAAUGGCACCACCGAACAUACCUUCUUCAGCGUUGAGCAAGUGCCAUAGACAGAUUUCUGCUCUGGAGGACGUCUCUGAAGUCAUUGAAGCCCGGUUUUGGGAAUUGGUACCAGGUCAUGUUGUUGGGUCACUAUCCAUACAGGUGAAAAAGGGUGCAGAUGAUCAUCCAGUGCUACAAUACAUACAUGGUUUGUACCAUGACAUAGGAAUAAAUGACCUGACCAUUCAGACUGAUUGUGUUUAAAGCUUCUUUUUCAUAACCGGCUACUAGAAACAGUUUACUAGACGAAUGUAUUGCUUAUUUUAUUCUUAAAAUUGUUGUAUGCAACUAUGAGCAAUUUUUGUCAUAAUUACAUAUGAGAUGGGUAGAAUUGGAAUCUAUCUUCCCCAGCCAGUCACUUUCUCACUCU